GCACCGAUUUGCAGUGUUUCUAACCACACGAACUUCAACUUUCAUGGUAACACGAUGAGCUGUCUUCGCCAUGAGCUGCUUGGAUGUCAUGUAUCAAGUUUAUGGUCCACCUCAGCCUUAUUUUGCCGCAGCAUACACACCGUAUCACCAUCAGAAACUGGCAUUUUACUCGAAAAUGCAAGAAUCCCCAGAAACAGUGAGCGGAAGCAGCUCUUCUUUUUCUAACCUCUCCGGGCCACCUAUAAAAGAGGAGGACUGCGCCCGGGAGAAAGAUCACCCGCCAGAGGCUGAGUACAUCAGCUCCAGAUGUGUGCUAUUCACGUAUUUCCAAGGGGACAUCAGUUCGGUGGUGGAUGAACAUUUUAGUCGGGCUUUGAGUCAGUCCAGUAGUUAUGCAUCUGGAUCCACCAACAGCAAGACCGCAAGAGGUGCAUCGUCCUGGAGAGACGGAUCAUUCCCUAUGAGCCAGAGAAGCUUCCCUCCCUCUUUCUGGAACAGUGCAUAUCAGCCGUCGGUCACAGCAUCUCUCAGCAGCGCCCUGGGUUCCUCCCACACAGAUCUUCCCUUCCCAGCGGACCCGUACUCCACCGCAUCUCUGCACAGCCACCUUCACCAAGCCACCCCAGAGCCCUGGCACCCCUCUCACCACCAUCACCCUUACUCGCUCAGCGGAGCCAUCGGCACCCAGGGGUCCGCUUACCCCCGGCCCUCCAUGCACGACAUGUACGGAACGCACUUUGACCCCCGUUACAGCUCUCUGCUCGUGCCCUCGGUGCGGCCACAUAGACUUCCUCCAGCCACGGUUCCCGCACCUGGAGCCUCGCCAUGCGAUAUCAGCAAGAGCGAGCCGGGCAGCUCGGCAUGGACCGGAGCUUUCACAGCAGCGAGCUCUGAUAUGAGUCUGAACAUGGAUACAGGUCUACAGAGCCAGGAUAAGAGCAAGGACUUGUACUGGUUUUAGUGCCCUGCGGCUGCUUCUUUCUCCGCUGGCUUGUCUUUCUCUGGCUUUUCUGUAACAGAUUCUCGUCUCACUUGCAGCUCGGCGCUACACCCUCUGCAGCGGGACCAUCCUAAGCUGAACCCUUCGGAUGAAUGCAAAACUCUAUCUCUCUCUCAAUAGAGAAAAGACUGUAAAGAGGAGCAAACAUGCUGUAGUGGUGUGACUAGCAGCUGCUCUCACCCCUUCCCUCCCCCGACCCUCAGCGAAACGGACCCAAAAUGAGAUUUUCAAAAAAGGACAAACGUUACUUCAAGGGGACGAACUUGCAGAAAAGACGGACCGGCUAUAUGAAAUGACAGAGUUUCUGACGCAAGAGCAGCAUUCCCUAUCAUCUCUGAAGACAGAGAGCGGCUAUUUGAAGCCACUUGACUCUAUCUAUAUUGCUUUCAGCACCUGUCACCGACAACUGUUGUGGAACUUAGCAGACGGCACUGUGCGCCGUUUGACCGAGCGAGCGCCCUGGAUUUCAUUAAACAGGCGUUUUGUUGUAUCUGGACACACGGCGAAAGGGAACAACUGGUUUGGCUUUUCAUUUGUUUCUGAGGAGUGGUGUGGGUUCAACACCAUUAAGCUGUACUGUAUAUACUUUAUGUGUCUUAGUGUGUCCAGUGCUACACGUAGCAAACAGCAUGACAGAAAUAUUGAUUCUUUCAUUUGUACUUUUUUAACAACCACUUUCAGUCACCGUCAGCCUAUAGGGUGACGUCUCACCACGGUGUAUUUGAAUGUAUGACAUGUAAUAUAUUACCUUUGAAAGUAUUUUUCCAGUGCAUUGAGGAGAAUGAGGCGUUGUCUGUUUUUAUCAGUUGUCUAUCUUCAUCCUACGAAACAAAAAUGGAAAUAAAACCAGGCGAUACACACUUUUUGCUGCUCUUAAGUGUUUUAGAGAAAGCUUGUUAAAUUGCAAACUUGAGUAUAGAGAGGCAUCUUUUCAUACCAGGCACAUCUUGAAAUUUAUUUCUGCUUGCUUUAGGCUCUUAAGAAAGAAACAAAAGUCUAUUAUGAAUUUGCUGCAACCUUCAAAAGCGAUCAGAGAUUAAAUUCUUUAUUUUAAUAUCAAUUUUUCUGCAUCAAUAUGUAUGCAACAUGACUAGGAAUGUGAACAUGGGCUACUUUUAAUCUGUGUGAUGUUCACUCGGCCAUGGGAAGCGAGAAAGAAAGCGGGAGAGUGAAUGUUAUCAUGCUGCCAUUUGAUCCUUUUUUUUUUUUUUUUGGUUGUGGUUGCAGUGAAUACCGGACAGCUGUAGAUUAAUAUUGGCUUUUGACAACAGCAAUGAUGGACAAGAGAUGUGUGGCCAGGGGUUUCUCUUGCUUGAGUGGGUAAAACAAAGGCCUCUUUUUUGAAAGCAGCACUGAAGAGCGUCCUAAAGUGCUGGGAGUGCAUGAAAAACUCAAGGAGUUCAUAUGGCAGAUUAAGUCACAUUUCAAAAUGUAGAAUUGGUGUAAGCAGUUACUAAGCCAACUUGUUUCUGUGACAACAAAGUACAGUAUAGGUAUUUUAUAAAUGAUGACAUUGAAACUCUGGUCACUCUGGUUGUAUUUGUAGCCUGUUUGUGUCCCUUGAGUUCAAAGUUGAGUUAAUUGUAUUUGUCAUAUGUGCUACAAUAUUCAGUCAGUACUUUUAGCUCUAGGCUAUAAGAAAAAAAUUCAAUUGCACAGAAAAAAAUGAGGGCUAGAAAAACUGCAAGUGUAGAGGAUGUCACAAUUUAUUUUUGAAUGUCAGUUUCUGUAUAAACAUUUUGUAUGAACAUACUUUCUGUAUAGAUCUGGACCUUUAGCGGGGGCUGGGGCAUGCUGUCACACAAUAUGGGUUCUGCUGGUCCUAAUAUAGGACUUAGGCCUAAUAUAAUUUUUUAUUUUUUUAUCAUUUAUUUUUGGCUUAGGCCUAAUAUAAUUUUUUUAUUUUUUUUAUCAUUUAUUUUUGGCUUAGGCCUAAUAUAAUUUUUUUAUUUUUUUUAUCAUUUAUUUUUGGCGUGC